AUGGCAGUUUCCUCAGAGAAUUCUAAAGGGGAGUUAAGCCAGUAUAUCUCAAAAGAAGACAUCGAGAAAUUUAUGCUGGCACUCAAAUUUGGAGUAUUCUACGGAUUGGUCGUCAGUGCCCAUAAACACCUGGAUUCCUGGGAUGAUAAGGUGACGGGCUUUAGUCAAAGGGAAAUGUCCAUGAAGGCCUACAUCAUCUUCCGUGUCUUCCUCAACCGGUGGACUUUGAAGAGCAAGGACAAGUGUAUCUACCAACUCGUGGAUGCUCUGGCGCUCAGCGGCUGCGGAGGUAUAAACUUGGAAUCCCAGCUGGAAAACAUUACUGGCAUGCUGUUCCAGCAGCUUUGUGAACGAGUGAACCCAGCAGACCCUCACUCUGUGGAGAACCGUAGCCUCGUCCUGAGGGCUUUCUUCAUCCUGGCCAAGUUAUACCAGGAUCAGAUGGUAUCCCUAUUACUAACGGCCGUGGAAUCCAAUGAUCCAGAGAAGAUGGAAUCAGCCUUUCAAGUGUUCGCUGAUGUGUUCCAGGAAUUGCCUCAGACCAAGAAGCUGCAGCGCAUGGUACUGAAUUCAACCAUUCUGGUGAUUCAGGAGGACCUCAAACCAGUGCCGAAGGUCCUCGUGCACUUCAUUGAGAUGCUGGGUCAGCAUAACUACUUGGCCUUGCCCCAGGGGAACGCUCUAAUCAGCUAUAUCAUCAAGCUUGUGGAGACUGACUCAUCAAAUGAAGAGGACAUCCGAAUAAUGUGUUCCAGAAUCCUACAGAUGGUAUCUUUGCCCAAACUGGUCACAUUGGUGUGUGAGUCCAACAACACCUUGGCCUUCAUGCCUCUGUGUAAGGCAGCCACACAAAUGGCUCUGAAGGCCCGUUCCCUGGGACAGGUUCCUUACCUCAGCAGCUUUCACCAGGAUCCUAUCGAAUACAUUUCCCCUCAGAGACUCCUGACCCAUCUUGUGAUGUGUUCCCGGAAGCCCUACAGGGAAAAGGAGUUUGGUACAAGCUCUCUGAGGCUACUAUCUGCCCUGCAUCCUAUCACUUCUCUGCAUCCUGUUAUAAACCACAGUGUUGGCCAGCUGUGGAGGAAGGUGAUCCCACAGAUGUUGGAGAUACUAGAUGAUCAUACUGAGAAGAGCCUGAAUCAGGAGGAGUGGGAGGACAGGCUGUUCCGGUUUUUGAGUCAGUCAUUAGUGGCUAUUGAUGAUGACUGCUGGCAGGAGCAACUCAUCAGAGUCAUCUUGGAGAGGAUCCGUUAUUUCAGUGAUGAUGGUGAUGAGAAGGCUUUUCUCUAUAAAUUCUUUGGCUUCGCCCUGUGGACCUCAAGAAGUGAGAAACUGGUGAAGAUGAUGCUCUCCGCCAUCCUUCAAACUUCCCAUGAAAACGUGCAGGAGAGGGAGGGCAUUGCUGUGGCAUUCAGCGUCGUGUCCAGGAAACAUCUGAGGACAGUCCUGGAGCAACUGCAAGUGUAUAGUGCUGUACUCACUGACAAGGAGUCAUCGUCCAUCCUCACACUGGCAAAGGAACAUCAGCCAAGGGAAUGGGUGCUUGUGUGUCACACCAUCUACCUAAGCUAUAGCAAGAUUAUUUUAGAGAGCAAGGGAGAUAUUUUCAUGCAUUUCGAUGCCGUACUGGUCUUGAUCCUGCAACACUACCACAACUGCAUUUUGGAAAAGGAUAAGGACCUGAAGCUGGGUUACCUGAAUGCCCUCAUCAUACUGACAAAAACCCUGGGCAGGCAGCAGCACGUGGCCUUUCAAUUCAAGUUCCCCCACAAGCUAGCAAUUGUUACCUUCAUGCUGGACCUAAUCAAGGAGGAGCCAUUGAACUCCAUUUCCAGCCCUAUUAGACAGAAGGCAAUGAACGUCAUCAGUAACUUCAGGAUGUUCAGGCCCCUCUUAGGGAUAGAAGAAAGAGUAGAGCUCCUGGGAACAUGCUUCAAGAGUGUGUUCUGUCUGCCAUCCAUUGAAGUGUUACGAAAGGAGGCAUCUAGUCCCAAGGAGGGCCAGGCCAAUGUGGAUCUGUUUGAGGGGACCAUGCAAUCCCUCCUAAGACUAUUGGAGACACUUAUUGUUGAGAUGCCCACCCGGAUCCAGAACUGCUUGCAGCUUAUGGAUCCUUGGCUCAAUUCCCAGAAGGAUAACGAGCGGGAACGGGCCAUGUGGUGUGCUGCGCGUAUUCUGGAGUUUACAGCAAAAAUGGAGGACUUCAGUAUGGAAAUUGAAUUCACCCAGCUGGGGCGCUUGGUAAAGCUGCUGGCCAUGCGCUGCCAGGACCCAGUGGACAGCAUCUGCUUCCUGUCUGCCAAGGCUGUGUAUCACCUCUACUGUAUCCUCUUGAAGAAAAAGCAGAUGAAGAAGAAAAUACAAGGCUUGUGGAUAGAAGAGGGCAUGGAUGAAGCCUAUAGUGCCAACUUGUUCUAUAACAACACCGUUGAGAUUGCCGAGGCCUUUGCAGAGUACUUCACCCAGAGCCAGCUCACCAACCUGGUGCUGACAGCCAUGGAGGAGCUGACGGGCAGCAGGGCUAAGGUGUCUCUGGCUGCAGCCCAGUUGAUGAGCGCUGUCAUGAAAAAGCGGGGCUCAGAUUUGAUAAAGGUUGAGGAAAUUGUGGUGGGCACCCUGGAACGGCUCAAAUUGCAGCUGGAGCCCAACACAAAGGAGGAGACCCUUCGGGCCCUGUGCUUGCUGGCAGGCAACUGCACCCACAGCGUUGUGCCCCUGCUGCUCAACAGGCCCCUCCCUUGGGAUAGAACCAUUUUGGCCCCAUGGAGGUUGUUCGGCACCGAGCGAAAGACCACAAUCAACGUCCUGCAGCUGCUGAUAGGCAUCCUGGAAAACCACUCCACAGAGGGCACGACGGAGAAAGCCCUAGAGCCCGAGGAGGCGGCGUUUGCCUUGUGUGAGAUGCUAUCCGGGACUCUGUGCCGGGAGGCCAUCCUGGAACUCUACCCCCGGCUAUUGCUGGCUUCUGGGUGA